AUGGCGGCCGUGUCGAGAGGCCUGGUUUCUCGUCUGAAGGCGCAGUUACUCUUCAUCGGCUCCAGAUCGCGCGCGCAUUCUCCGGCGGCUGCGUACAGCCUUACGGACGUGAGGACGUUCAGCGCGGCUGCUCAAGAGAACGAUUCAUUGAGUUCUAGAGUGAUUGAAUUGAAGCCCGGUGUUAUGACCCCCGGCUCUAAGCGGACCGGCGCAAUCGCUGUUAAGUGCGGGAUGACGGCGUUGUGGGACAAGUGGGGCGAGAGGAUUCCCAUAACCAUUCUUUGGUUGGACGAUAACAUCGUCUCUCAAGUCAAAACGCCUGAGAAAGAAGGCAUUUGUGCGCUUCAGAUUGGAUGCGGACAAAAGAAGGAGAAACAUUUGCGGAAGCCUGAAGUAGGUCAUUUUAGAGCUCAAGGCGUUCCAAUGAAAAGGAAGCUGAAGGAGUUUCCUGUGACCGAGGAUGCUCUUCUUCCAGUUGGAACAGCCAUCGAUGUCCGCCACUUUGUUCCAGGGCAGUAUGUUGACAUUACUGGGAUCACUAAAGGGAAAGGGUUUCAGGGUGGGAUGAAAAGAUGGGGAUUCAAGGGUAUGCCUGCAUCUCAUGGAGCAUCAUUAUCACACCGAAGCAUUGGUUCUACUGGCCAGAGGGAUGCUCCAGGAAAGGUUUUCAAAGGAAAGAAGAUGCCUGGCCACAUGGGUGUUGAGCAAAUAACAGUUAAAAGCGUUUGGGUUUACAAAAUUGAUCCUGCAAGGAACCUAUUGUGGGUAAAAGGCCAAGUUCCGGGUGCGACUGGGAAUUUUGUUUUCAUAAAAGAUGCGGUAUACAAGAAGCCAGACAUAUCUUUGCUCCCGUUUCCUACGUACUUUGCACCCGAAGAUGAGGACCCAGAGAAAUUGGAACCUCUGGUAGCUGAUACUGGUGAUGAGGACCCGUUUAUGAUGGCAGAUUAA